AACAAGAUAACUUUCCAUUCUCCCAUGUCCGCAACAAAAUCAUGGGAUCAAGCCGCUCUUCGUCUCUUGUGGCACGGAGGCUCCACAUUCGAUGCCUGGCUCAACAUUGUUGCUGCGAAGCUGGCUUCGCGGCUCCUCACUUUUCCACAAUCCACUGCUCAAUUGGGGCUGCCUUCGGCCAUUGUUUUCCAGCUCCUUCUAUCGGCGAUGGGAUUGUGGUCUCAAUCCGCGAUAAAUGUUCUCUACUUGAGACACAAGCGGAUGGUGAAUCCAGAGACAACAGCGAAUCAACCCUGGCACACGACUCAGGUACAAUCAAAGAGUUUUAGAAUCGACCACUUAAGAGCACCGCAGCUUCACGAAGUUAUUGGAGGGCUUCUGGGAUCUAAAUGGAAGAUUGUUUCCCUCGUGUUCAACAUUGUCACACUCUUCUAUGUUUCAUCGGCUCAACUGAUAGCAUGUAGCAAUGUGGCAUACACCGUGAAUGACAACUUGGACAAGAGAACCUGGACGUUUGUGUUUGGGGCAAUCUUCUCGCUGCCAAUUCUUUUCCCGAGCGCUCACAACUACAGAGUUUGGUCGUUCCUGGGAGUGGUCACUAUUAUCUUUGACUCUGCUUACAUGACAAUAGCAACGCUGUUUGACAGAAAGGCCGGAAACGUCAGUCAUUCGUCACCACGAAGCUCCCAGGAAUAUUUUACCGGUUUGGUCGGGAUGCUGAUCCUCGGAAACGUUCCCAUCCCUGUGGAGAUCAUGGAUGCAAUGUGGAAGCCUGACGAGUACCAGGCAGCAAAUCUCUACGGGAUGGCUUGCAUUUUGGUGGUGGUCAUGCUUCCAAGCAUCAGCAUGGAACGCAAAUUUGGAGACAAGCUUCUCGCCACCCCAAACGCAAUGUUGCUACUCCCAAGAUCAAAGUUUCACGACAGUGCCAACGUCCUCAUCCUCCUUCAUGUGGUUAUCAACUUUGGCAUGUACUCCCUCGCACUCUACGCGACGUGGGAGAAGAUAGUGCGCAUCCACGACUCACCAAGCUACGUGAAGCGAACGUUGUCCCGGAUACCGGUGUUCCUGGCGCUGUGGAUCACCGCUCUCGCCUUCCCUUUCUUCGGUGCAAUCAACAAGCUCUUGGACGCCAUCCUUGUGUCCUGGAACUUCUUCAUCAUCCCGUGCGCGGCUUACAUCGCAGUCUUUUGGUUGCCGCGGCCGCGGCGAGGCUCCAAAUCCCUGUCGAGGCUGGGCUGGGGGGUGGAUUUGAGCGUUUGCCUGGGGAUUAUCCUGUGGAUGCUGGUCAUGCAAUGUGGGCUGGGCCUGUGGGGCGACGUCCACACUUUCGUCAAGGUGUUGGAGGGAACCAGGCCCUUUCCAAAGUGCUAUCGCUGCGCACCUCCAAAGUAGAGAACAAUUCUCCUUCUUCCUGGGCAUAUUCCUAGAAUUUAGGGCUGCCGAUUCCUGUAUAAGUGUUUUUGCUGCUCCGGAAAUAAGUGAAGAGUUAGGCA